CCGGGGGGGGGAGGGGCCUCGUCGACACCUCCAGCACGUUGGUUGGCGAGUCGAGGGAGGCGAGCGAGGCGAGCUGCGUGCCCGGACUCGGCCCUCGCGGCGCCGUCUUUGUUGCUGUUGUUGCUGCUGCUGCUGCAAAGAUGGAGAGCAAACGAGAUGGACACGGAAUUUACGGAUAUCUCUCUCCGGCCGAGGUGGAGGGGGCCAGCAUCCAGCCGCUCGACAGGGACAGGAGCAGGCAGUUUGUGAGCGCCAUGCUGCGGCGCGUCAUGCCGCGCGCCAAGCCCGACCUGUUGGAGGAGAAGCUGAAGCGGCACGCCGUUGUGCUGAACAAGGGCGGGAGGGGCGCUCGCGCCAAGCGCAAGAAGAAGGCGGCGGCAUCGUCGUCGUCGGCGGCCUCUUCUGGCGCGUCGCCAGCGUCGGGCCGCCCGCUGUCGUCCCGCGAGCGCCGUCGUUUGGGCCUCUUCGACAUCCGGCCAGAGAACCAGAGGUACGCCCUGUUCCUGCCCCUCCACCAACUCUGGCUGCAGUACAUUGACGACCUCUUUGGGGGACUCAAGUCCACAACGCGCUCGGAGCAGAUCCAAAUGAAGAUGCUGAAGGCCGACCUACACGGAGCCAUCAUCACCGUGGAGAAGUCAAAGUGUCCCACGUACGUGGGAACGACAGGGAUCAUGAUCCAGGAGCUCAAGAAUGUGUUCAAGAUCAUCACGAAGGACGACAAACUGAAGGUGAUCCCCAAGCGGAAGAGCAUCUUCGCCGUGGCGUUUGGAGGCUUCGUGUCCCACAUCUACGGCUCCAUGUUCUGCAUGCGCUCCAGCGAGCGCUCUGCCAAGAAGUUCAAGGCCAAGGGCAGCGUGGACCUCUGAAAGGGCGACGGCACAAAGACGCCAGCAGCUUCCCUCCUUCCCCGCGAGCGGUCGGCACACCUUCUGUGUGCAGCGUAGGUUUCUUUUUUACAUUUAGGCGGAAAAUGCCAACUGGCCAGCGACAAACACCGCUACUGUGAAGGUCUAAUGGAGUCUGUGUUUCUUGAAUUGGGGAAGGUCAUACGAACUUUGCAAAUGAUAAGGUUGGGAGGGAAUUCCAAACUUUAGUGGCGUGAUGAAGGAAGCAGAAAGAUGAAAGUGUUUGGACCUGCAAUGUGAUGGUUUAAUAAAGUCUGAAUAGAACCAGCCAUUCUCAGUCUGGUAGACCGUAUGUAUGCAGAUUGGGUUUUCUUCACGUUUCAUUUCACACUAUUUCGUAAUGUAAUUUUUUAUGACACACUUAAGUUGGUGUUUCCAGGAGACAAACUUAUGCUGCCCAUCAAGUGUAUGUAUGUUGAACUUAUUUCGCACCGUACGUAGCCAACCGUGCUAAGCGGAGGUGAACAUCCUGAAAGGGAGAUAUAACUCAGAAAACAAACGGUAAUCUUGUAGCUGCUCAUCAUCUAGGCGGUGUGUUCCGGGCUGUGGACAUGGGUACGAGGCUUCGUUGUCAAGUGCACUGACAUCUCUCCCGUCCCUUGGGUGGGUGGGGUUGAGGAUGCCGUUGACAAUCGUUGGUUUCCCUGGUGGGUCCUCGUGUGGCUGCACAGACCAAGACCGGAGAACACGGCGCUUGCCACACCGGAUGCGUAGAGCCGCUCACCCUGGUUGGAUUCGGGUUGGAUUCGAGAUGGACGCUGGAUUCGUUGCUGGUGCCGCUGCUCGGUUUCUAAAACUCGGGCACCGCUUGGGCGGCGCGCGGUGCCGUGCACUGGUCAUUCGGCAGCUGCUCGCAGGUCGAAUCAGGGAUGUUCUCUUUGUCGUGUUAAAGUAUGUAUGUGUGUUGAACUUCUUUGGCACCAUACGUAGCCAACCGUGCUAAUCGGAGGUGCCAAGAAGGACGACAAACAUAUCAAAGACAAAGAUCCCCUGUAUCGCCUAAGCAGACUGUUGGGGCAAUUGCUGUGAGCGAGCACCUUUGAAGGCUGGAACAGUACACGAGGGGGGGUGGGUGACCUGCCUCACGCCCGACCACCUUUGUCUCCCUAGUGGCGAUGUUUACGACACCACGCCAGGACCGGUUCAGAUAAUCGUCACUGGUGUUAGCCAUGAGCGGGAAUCGAAGUCGAGUGGCCGGGUUCGUAGUGCAGCGCGCUAACCACUACACUGCCACUGCUCCCCCCUUUGAAGCGUUUCAUCUGUCCUCGCGAAUACUGGAGUACAGGACCUGUUUGCACCAGUGUUUUACAUUGUUUUCCUGAACGAUAUUGUAAAUAUGUUAAUAAAAUACAUCGGAGAGUUUAUAUUCAGUUGCCCGGGUAUCAACCCAUGAAAAAUAGGUCUGUGUCCCGUUACCCACAUUGCAUUAAAAUGCACCUAGCCUGGCGCAAGCACCGCACCCUUGAUGACAUCGCCACUUCAUUGUGAAUGGCAGCUGCUCUUGUUUUUGUCUGACAAAUCGUGACAAUUCAUUGAAUUUCUGGGGUGGUGAAUCGUUAAAUGCCAAUUUAGUAUAAAAAAAUACAGUAAUCCCUCACCAACCGCGUUUUUUGCGUCCGCGGUAUUUACGUAUCCACGGUUUUCCUGCCGCAUACCGAUUUGGUAACCGCGGUGCGGAGAUUUUUGGAUCCGUGGCUUAGCAUGGCGACCAGCGCGACUUGUGAUUUAAAAUCGUCGCGCAAUCUGUCGCAGCCCCCCCCCCCCACCGCUCUUCACACCGCCAGGUGGAGGUAGCGGCUGGGCAAAGCCCCUCUUCUGACAACCACCUCGUCGCCCCUUACCUCAUCAUCAAUGUCAUCACCAUAGACUUGAACCCUCCGUAUUAAAAGUAAAUAAUUUAAUUGCUUUAAAUUAUGUUAUUUGAACAUUUAAUGUUUUUAAUUAUGUCAUUGUGUAUUUUAUUUGUGUUUAGUGUGGGAACAGGCAACUUAGGCUUUGACCGUGGCUGCAUUUGCCCUAACCCCCUAUUUCCCAUAACGCCGUAGUAUUGUCAACCACAGCGGUUUUCAGGAACGUAACCUUCGCGGGUUGGUGAGGGGUUGUUGUACGACAAUGUAUAAACCGUGCUGUAUCCACUCCUAUAUAGUACAAUAUACACUAAUAAUGUAGUAUACCCAUGGAUUGUCCAUUUCUCGACUGAAGACACUUUUCACAAAGCCAUCUAUAAUAAUCAAGAAGCCUACAAUCAA